AUGAUAAUAAAUAACUUAGUUUAAUUAUGGACUAACAUGUUACUAAUGAAAUUUUUAUUAUUUAAUAUAAUUGUGGAAGAGUAUGUUUAUAUGAUUUAAAUGAAAAAGCAAAAAUGUUACAAGUUCAUAAUACAUUUGAUAAAUUUUAAAGUUUUUUAAAUUAAAUUUUAAUAAAUAAAGUUUAAAAUAAAAUAACCUAACAAAAAUUUACAGUAAAAGAAACUUUAAAAAGCUAUUUAAUUAAUAAAUUAGCAAAAUCAACUGAAUAACUAAACACAUAUUAAAAAAAAAUCAGUAUUUAAGAUUAAAACUAUUAAAAAAAACUUUUCGAUAAUAUAUUUAACGAAUCUGAAAAUUUAUUUUGUGAGUAAAAUUUUGAAAAAUUAAAUAAAAAAAAAUGUAUAAUAAAUAUGA